AUGGAGGCGGCUGUGGGGGUUGUGAGGGCCGAGGAGGUCGUGUUGACGGAGGAGGCGAUCCGGGAGAGGUGCCGGCUCCCUCACCGCCCUCUGGCUGAUGUUCGGUCGCUGUCUAUUCCUGGAACUUAUCGAGAAAAGAUUACUCACCUAGGGAAUUCUUUGAAGAAUUUUACUCGACUAAAGUCCUUGGAUCUUUCUCGCAAUUCAUUGGUUAGUCUAGAGGGCAUUCAGCAUUUAACGGCCUUAGAAAACCUGAAUCUCUACUACAACAACAUAUCCUGCUUAGUGGAAGUUUUCCGACUUCAAACCUUAACCAGACUCAAAGAUGUGGACUUUCGCCUGAACCCCGUGGUUAAGAAUGAAUCUGAUUAUCGUCUUUUUGUCGUACAUAUGCUUCCCAGCCUCAGGCAGUUAGACGACCGUCCGGUGAGAGAUAGUGAACGGAAGGCUUCUCUCUUACAUUUCACUUCGGACCAAGCAUAUGAGUUCAAGUGUCCUUCUCCGGCGGCGGUGGGGACCAACGUCGAAAGUCGAUCUGGUCAUCCCAGAACAAAGUACAUCAGUUCCAUGUCAAAGAAAUGCACGCUAAUGGAUGAAGACGAUGAAGCGGUUCUAAACCUAAUUGCCAAGUGUGAAUGGGAUUUAAGUAAACCUCCUGGAAUCACAGGCUCAAGUAAAGGAGACUGCGAAGCUGAAUUUUAUAGUUUGCAGGGUUCUAGAGGUGCGCUCAGUCCCAAUUUAGGCCAGCAUCUUGCCAGCGAUGCUUUUAAACAAGGCCGGGAGAAAAAGAAAAUGACUGUCCCCGUGGGACUUUCGGAUGAGAAGCUGACAGGCUAUCACCGCAAGGAUCCCAACUUGAAGUUUGAAGAUGAGAUCGAAGCUUAUCACAGGUGUUUGCCUCAGGUUUAUUUCACCCCGCAUCCAGAGUCUCAAGGAACAGAUGAGCCAUUCAUAUCUUCUCAGAAGACGGUUACGCCCGCCCAAAAGAUCUUGAACACAUUAGUUCUUUCUGGACUCCAGAGCCGAAGGGGCCAACCAGUUCCGAAAGGGCAUUAUCAGGAGACUCUGGAUCGAAGCAAUGAACUCUCUAAUGCUGAUGACAGCGUAGCUCAACAAGAAGUCUUGGGGAGGGACGGAAAUAGAAACUCUUCUAACGCUCACGGAGCUGAGUCUGGAGAACAGAGGCUGAAGAACAUAAACACAGUCGCCAGAGCGGCGUCUCCCAGUUGCCAUUCAGGCGUUCAGCCAGUGAGCAAAGAUGCGAACGAAGCUACACCCUUAGAGGGUCUUUUGGACUUAGUGGACAGAUACUGGAAUGGUUGCAAGUCACUGCACUGCAAUGAGAAAUUCCUGGGUCAGGCAAGGCGUAUUUUAUCAGCCGCACAAGCAUCUGUAAAUAAUCAGGAGACUCAAGCAAUCAUCGAAGAAAUCAACAACCUGAUUUUAGAAAAGAAAGCACUGAAACACCACCUGUCUGAACAAGACAAGCUGUACAACACGAAGAUCGAUGGGCUGGUGUUGGAACUAACUAAUGCCCAUAAAGAAAUGGAUGCCUUGAAACACCACUUGGACCAGUCACUGGAAGAGAACAAGAAUUUAAAAAGACUUUUGCUAAAUGCGGAACAAGAUACCAAGAACGCAGACACGUCGGCUACCCUAAAUUUGCAGAUUACUGAGCUUCAAAACCACAAUAAGCAGCUAGCUCGUGAGCUUAGCAGCUUGAAAGAACACCUUCAGCACUACGACAAGAUUCAGGAGCUCACACAGUUGCUGCAGGAAAGUCACAGCUCUUUGGUCUCUACUAAUGAGCAUCUCUUGCGAGAACUAACGGAGACCCAGCGGCAGCACAGGACCGAAGUAGAGCAGCUCUGUUGGAGCCACAAUCAAUUCAAAAAGACGGUAUUGCUGGACCCUCCUCGCCCUUCUCUGACCUGAAUGGCCAGCGGAAGCCGGAAACCUCAGGGACCAACAGGCCUCGGGUUCCAGCGACGCGCGGAGGCUGCUCUUAAUUGAACAAUUUUCGUACCUCUAUUUAUUUCAAAUAAUAGUUAA